UAUAGGACAGAGGCUUGCUCCAGAGACUCCACAAGGACACGCAGCGGAGCUACCUUGCAUCCGCCAAUGAUUACCUUGGCCGAUGCAGCACCAGACACUCGCCAGCUCUCUCGCACUCCUCACAAACCAAGCUAACUCGUCAAUGGCUCCCGUGGCGAAGCAGGGCGGAGGCGCACCGCACCUCGUCUUCAUCCCGAGCGCCGGCAUGGGCCACCUGCUCCCCUUCUCCCGCUUCAUCGGCGCCCUCGCCAGCGAGGGCGUCUUCGACAUCUCCGUCGUCACCGCCCUCCCGACGGUCUCGGAGGCCGAGGCCGAGCAGUUGGCCGCCCUCUUCGCCUCCUUCCCCGCCAUCCGGCGCAUCGACUUCAACCUCCUGCCGCUCGACGACGCCACCCUUGCCGGCACGGAUCCCUUCCUCCUGCGAUGGGAGUCCCUGCGCCGCUCCGCUCAUCUCCUCGGGCCGCUCAUCGCCGGCGCCACGCCACGCGCGUCGGCCAUCGUCACCGACGUCACUCUCGCUUCCCAGGUCAUCCCCAUAGCCAAGGACGAGCUGCAGCUCCCGUGCCACAUCCUCUUCAUCUCCUGCGCGACCAUGCUGUCAUUCCUCGCCUACUUCCCCACCUACCUCGACGAAACCAACACAGACCACCUCGCUGGUGACGUCCACGUCCCAGCCAUUGGACACAUCCCGGUGAAUUACCCCCCGCAGGUGCUGCGCAACCCCGACAGCCUCUUCACCAAGCAGUUCAUCACCAACGGCCGCGAGAUCACCGAGGCGGACGGCAUUCUCGUCAACACGUUCCACGCCUUGGAGCCAGAGGCACUCACCGCCCUGCGUGACGGCAAGGUCGUCCCCGGAUUCCCUCCGGUGUUCGCAGUCGGCCCGCUCAAGUCGACGACCACAGGUAAGGAGGAGGCGGCCUCUGCACCUAUUGCCUGGCUCGGAGAGCAGCCGGCGCGGUCGGUGGUGUACGUGGCCUUCGGCAACCGCAACGCGGCGGCGCUGGACCAGAUCCGCGAGAUCAGCGCCGGGCUGGAGGCGAGCGGCUGCCGGUUCCUGUGGGUGGUGAAGACGACGGUGGUGGACCGCGAUGACACCGCGGAGCUGAACGACGUGCUAGGCGACGGGUUCCUGGCGCGUGUGCAUGGGCGCGGCCUGGUGACCAAGGAGUGGGUGGACCAGGAGGCGGUCCUGAAGCACCCGGCCGUGGGUCUGUACCUGAGCCACUGCGGGUGGAACUCGGUGACGGAGUCGGCCGCGUACGGCGUGCCGAUGCUGGCAUGGCCGACGCUGGGCGACCAGCGCCUGAUCUCCACGGUGAUAAGGAGCGGCGGCUUCGGUCUGUGGGUGGAGCACUGGAGCUGGGACGGCGGGGAGGACUCGCUGGUCCGCGGCGCGGAGAUAGCGGAGAAGGUGAAGGAGGUGAUGGGCGACGAGGCGAUCUCGGCGAAGGCCAAGGAAAUCAGCCAGGCGGCGGCCAAGGCCGUCGCCGAAGGCGGGUCCAGCUACCGCAGCAUGCAGGAGUUCCUUGCCACGCUCAGCUGACUGCUCUCUGUUACCGAGAGCCGUUAAUGAACCUCAUGUUAUGUACUUACUACUUACUACGUGGUGUUGCUCUUUGUGUCGUCGUUUUUCGACCUACUGAAUCGGUCACUAUGCAUGCUGCUAUAAUCGUGGAUCAAUCAAGAAUAAAAAGGAGGUUGCUAAAUCUCCUUCGACUGAAGUCUUAAUCAAUGUUGUAUUCGUGAGAUCCUAUGUGAAAAUAUAUUCGUGUACAUUUUUUGCUUUA